AUCUCUAACUUGUUGCCAGCCGCACAAUUCCACAAAUCAUUUUGUGUCCCCUCACCACAAUGAAGACACUCGUCAUUCUUUUCUGCUUUAUCAGCACAAUCUCUGCAAACAAUGCAGACGAAUUUACAAAAGCAAACAACCAAUUUGCCUCAACCGUGUACAAAGAAAUCGCCAAAAACGAAAAACAAAAUUUCUUGGUGAGUCCAUUCUCGGCGGAAACCAUUUUAGCUCUGACUCAUGCAGGCGCUAAAGGUCAAACCGCCCAAGAACUACAAAGUGCCAUACACCUCCCCGAAGACAACAAAAAAAUUGAAGAAGGAGUUAAAACUUUGCUUCCAGCUUUGAAAGGUCACGAUGCUUACACCCUUCAAACCGCCAACAAGAUGUACAUACGAAACAACUUCGAGAUAAAGCCCGAGUUCAGAAAAGUUGCAACUGAAGCUUUCUUCGCCGAUAGUGAAACCAUCGACUUUAAAAAAAAUGUCAAGGCGGCUGAAACUAUGAACAAGUGGGUGGAGAAGCAAACCGAGAACAAAAUCCAGAAUUUGAUAAGUCCGGACGUGGUGAAUAAUAAAACAAGGCUUAUUUUGAUAAACGCGUUGUACCUUAAGGCCAACUGGUCAUCGCCCUUUUAUCUUUCAUACACUAGGAAGAUCGAUUUUUACAAGAGUGCUUCAGAUGUUGUCAAAGUAGACGCGAUGACUAACAUAUAUGGACAAACAUUUCUCUUUUUCGAAUGUCAUCAUCUCAACGCCAAGUUUCUAGAACUACCGUUUAAAGGUGGGGAAGCUUCGAUGACUAUUAUUUUACCAAAUGACAAAGACGGUUUGUCAAAACUCGAGAAUGAUUUGGAGAGAGCUUUAGUCCCUCAUAAUCUUACUCAUGAGAUGGUGGAAGUGCAAAUACCCAAAUUUAAAAUCGAAAGCAAAAUUGACUUGAAAGAGAUUCUCAGAAAUCUAGGAGUAGUGACGGUGUUUACUGAUUUUCAAGCCGAUCUUAGUGGUAUUGCGGGUGAGCCGGGUGACUUGGUUGUCAAUAAGGUGAUUCAGAAGAGUUUCAUCGAUGUUAAUGAAGAAGGCGUGGAAGCAGCCGCUGCCACAUUCUCUCUUGUUGCUAUACCCGAUAGUGCCUAUGAUGACAAACCUAAAGAAUUUUUUGCCGAUCAUCCUUUUAUUUUCUACAUUAAAGCCAAAGGAGUGAUCAUAUUCGUAGGAAGGGUUACUGAUCCUAGCAAGUGAUUAAAAUAUUUUGACUCAAUUUAUAAUUAAAAAAAACAUAUCAGAAUAAAGUUUCUCUGCACCACA